UUCUAGAUCUAGCAUCAUUCUUUUUUACAUAGAUCUAGAAAUCUAGAUCUAGAUUCUAGAAAUCUAGAUCUGAAACUCAUCAUAGACUAGAUCUACAUUCAGUAAGCCUUCGAUCUAGAUCUAGAUCUCUAUAUCGGCUGGUUUAGGAGUUUACUCAGUUUAGGCCUAAAUUAAACUAAAUUUAGUCAUUUUAGUCAUUUUUUAGUGGGCCCCCUCGAGUCUACAGGGUACACAGUGAUUCACAUCUAGAUCUAGAAGUCUACUAGUUUUACAUAAGCAAGAAAUCUUGUUGAUUAAUUUUAUUUUUAUUGUUGAGUAUUUGGAGUAUUUGUAGUUGUAGACUUACAGUUACAGCCUACACUCAUAACAUUUAUUAAGACUUCUGAAUACUGAUGACUGAUGGUUUAUCAAGAGAAAUCAAUGACUAUUGAUACACACAGUCUACGUUCAUGCCAUUCAUAUCCGUUACAUGCCCACGUAUUUAUCGGCUAAACGUUAUCGUGAGGCAUUUAAGUUUUUUCAAGACCAACGGGAUCAGAAUGGCAGACUCAGAUUUAAACCCUAAUGUAGAAACAACAACAGGCUUAUUGCAGUACAACAAAGCAAGAGCUUCACCUAGAAGUUUUUGCCAAACUAUGAAUGGACAGAGUACAGCUGGCAUUAUAGUUAUUGGAGAUGAAAUACUCAAGGGCCAAACAUUAGACACAAAUUCCAAUUUUAUCUGUAAAAAAUUGUUCUCUUUGGGAGUUAAAGUGCAAAAGAUCUCAGUCAUUUGCGACUCUGUGGAUACAAUAGCAAAAGAAGUGGAAUUGUUUUCAAAGCAGUUUACGCAUGUUAUCACUUCGGGAGGAGUGGGACCUACCCAUGAUGACAUGACAUUUGAUGGUGUGGCCAAAGCAUUUAAUCUAAAGACAGAAGCGCACCCGGAACUGGUGAAGUUAAUCACUGAGUGGUUCCACACCACAGACAUGAACUCGGCUGAGAUGAAGAUGGCUAAGGUUCCACAAACAGCAAAACUGUAUUUUGGUGUUGACCCUAAAACAAAACAACAAUCAAAAUACCCACUGGUGUCUGUCCACAAUGUCUACAUGUUUCCUGGUGUCCCUAACCUGCUGGAGAAGGCUUUCACUAUGCUGGGGCACCUGUUUCAAAAUCCUAAUGUUUGUUUCCACACUGAAGAGCUCUUUGUGAAUAAAGAUGAGGCGUCCAUAGCAGCCUUGAUAACUCAGGUGGCCGACAAGUUCAAGGAGAGUGUUGUCAUAGGCUCUUAUCCUGACAUGAUGAACAGCUAUUAUAAAGUAAAGCUGACAUUAGAAUCAACAAACCCAAAUGCCUUACAAGAGGCCUCAAGAGAGUUAGCACUGAAGAUGCCUGAAGGCUCAGUUGUGAUCUAUAACAAAGAUCCAGUGGACACGGCCGUCCAGUGCGUGUACAGAAUCCUUGAGGACCCCAGCUUAGAUGACCAUUACAUCAGCUGUGUUCGUCAUGCGGUAGAGACGCUUGAGAAGGCCUUGGAUACAUACCCGUUGUCUGAUAUAUGUAUUGGAUUCAAUGGUGGCAAAGACUGUACUGUACUUUUACAUCUGUUUUAUGCUGUGGCUAAAAAAAAAUAUCCCAACUUUGAAGAGAAACUGCAAGCGUUGUACAUCAGAAGUCGUUGCCCUUUCCCUGAGGUGGAGAAGUUUGUUCAGUUAUCUCGAGACAGGUACAAAUUAGAAAUGAUCCACUAUGAUGGAAGAAUCAAAGAAUGCCUGGGAACUCUGGCAGUAAAACAUCCAAAUAUGAAGGCAGUCAUUAUGGGAACAAGGGCCACUGAUCCUUGUGCUAGUCAGUUGCAAGACUUCUCCAUGACAGAUCCUGACUGGCCACAGUUCAUGCGUGUCAACCCACUCCUACACUGGCACUACAAGCAUGUCUGGCUCUUCCUGAGGCAGCUAUGUCUACCAUACUGUAGUUUAUACGACCGAGGGUAUACAUCUUUAGGUAGUAUGGAUAACACCCACCCUAAUCCAUUGCUCCAGUACGUGGAUGAGAGAGGUAUACUCACCUACAGACCUGCAUACCUCUUAGAUAGGGGAGAGAAUGAGAGAGAUGGCAGAAAUAAAUAGGAAGAAAUAGUUAUUUAUUAAAUGUUACAUUCUAUGCUAAGCAGUUAUCUUAAUGCAUUUACAUAUUUAAUGUAUUUGUAUAUUUGUGAUGAAAAACAAGAAUUUGUAAAUUUGCCAGUUGGUGUUAACGA